AUGAUAGUCCAGGCAGCGAGCCGACUGCUGCGGGGAGCGCUGACGCGUGGGCGGAUGCGCGGAAUCUCCACCGGACUCCCGUUGCCAUCCGCGUACGAAGGCGACGGAAAGACGACUGUCUCCAUCCUGAACCAAGAGGUCUCGAACCUCCUCCUGAUCGAUGCGUACAGCACGAUGGGAUUCGUGUUGAACAAUGGCAUCAAUGUCGUCGGUUCGGUGGCCCUGUUCCCGCGCACGGUCCUCAGCUGGCAGGUGGCGUCGGUCGACGACAUCAACGAGGAGUCUCUUUCGCUCUUUUACAUGCUGGAGCCUCGACUGGACGUGUUGGUGAUCGGGACGGGCGACCGCGGAACCAGGUUGAACCUCGAUAUCAUCAAGUUCCUCAGAUCGAAGCGGUUGAACGUGGAGGCAGUGCCGACGGAGUCGGCUUGCGCGACGUUCAACUACUUGAAUGCGGAUGGGCGACUCGUGGGUGCGGGGCUCAUUCCUCCCUCGAAUGUCGCCAUCCUCAGUGAGGAUGCCUUCGAGGCGCAGCGGAGGAGGAAGCAGCUCUAUAAGUUGGAGGACUAG